GCCGAAGAUUCGAUUCCAUUCCAACCGCGAUUGUCCCACAUAAAGAAAUGUUUUUCCCAAGUAAUUUGCAUGUAGAGAAUCUUAUGAGAUUAGGCCUAGGCCUGCAAUUUGCAUAUACAUAAUUCCAUAAAAUCCAAAACAUCCUUUGAAGAGCACCAAUUACCUCAGAUUCCCUUCCGUUUUCCAUUCCUCAAUUCCUGAUUUGCCUUCUCCCUCACUUUCCACUCACGGACUACCUCACUAUUCUGUGUUCCUAUGGCGGUUGCCUCCGCCACUCCCCCUUUUUCCCCUCCAUACCUCUCCUCCCCUCGCCAUCGCCGCCCUGAUGCAAUUUCCUUACGACCCUUUUCAAUUUCGGCCCCCAAUUGCCUUCUGCAACUUCCCCUUUCCCUCAAUUCCUUACACAUUUUCCGACGUCCUCGAUUUGCCGCCGAGGCUUCUAUUGGAGACAGGGAGAGUGGUGGGUCGACCUCUGUCUCCGACGACGAGGGCCUUGUCGGCGAGGACGCUGCUGUUUUUGAUCUUUCCGAGCAGAAAUUAACUUCGUGGGUUUAUUUCACUGUGAUUUUGGGGGUUGUUUUGUUCGUGUUGAAUGUUGUUUGGAUUGAUAACUCUGCUGGGGGUGUUGGGAAGGCCUUUCUGGAUGCUGUUUCUGGAAUUUCGGAUAGUCAUGAGGUUGUGAUGUUGCUCCUCACACUCAUUUUUGCCAUUGUCCAUAGUGGUUUGGCCAGUCUCCGAGAUCAGGGCGAGAAGCUUGUUGGGGAACGAGCUUUUCGGGUUUUGUUUGCUGGAGUUUCUCUGCCAUUGGCUGUUAGCACUGUGGUGUAUUUCAUUAACCAUCGAUACGAUGGAGUACAGUUAUGGCAGCUCCAAAGCGUUCCCGGACUGCAUCAACUUGUGUGGCUCAGCUCGUUUGUCUCCUUCUUCUUUCUCUAUCCUUCAACUUUUAAUCUGCUGGAGGUUGCAGCAGUUGAUAAACCAAAAAUGCACCUUUGGGAAACAGGCAUCAUUAGAAUAACUAGGCAUCCACAGAUGGUUGGACAGGUGAUAUGGUGUCUUGCUCACACAAUCUGGAUUGGGAACUCUGUUGCAGUAGCAGCUUCCAUCGGUUUGAUAGGACAUCAUCUGUUCGGUGUAUGGAACGGGGACAGGAGGCUAGCCAAGCGAUAUGGGGUAGAUUUUGAAGCCGUGAAAAGGCGAACGAGCAUCAUCCCAUUCGCUGCCAUUGUGGAUGGUCGUCAAAAGUUGCCCGACGAUUACUACAAGGAGUUCCUUCGCUUGCCAUAUCUAUCAAUCACUGCACUAACAAUAGGAGCUUACCUUGCUCACCCUCUUAUGCAAGUUGCGAGUUUCAGGCUUCAUUGGUAACUCUAUUUCUAUGCAGCUAACUCUGCUGUUGUAUCAUAAAUACUCAAAUAUAUCAUCAUAGAGAAUACGGAAAUGUGAGCCUAUAGUCAUAGCCUUAUUUAUUACAAAGUUAUGAAAUAAAAAUCAUAAAACCUUGUGAAUUUAUAAAAA